ACAUAAUUACUGUUUGUUCACACAACUUCGGUCGUGUUCCUCAUAGCUUAAAUUUUUUAUUUAAUAUAGGACUCAAUUCUCUAGCCAUUUUGUCCGUGCACAAAUCGACCUCCGCUUCAUCCAUCCUUCUAUUUCAAAGUUUUGCUAGGAUUAAUUACUGAAGAUGAAAAUGGGUAAUAAGAACGCUAUGCUGUGGUUUGGAGUUUUGGGCGCCAUGUUGUUCUUUUCGUCCCCCGCUGACUGCCUCGGGACGGUGUAUGAUAUCGACAUGAACAAAUACGUCGGAACCUGGUAUAACAUGUACACAAAUUACUGGUCAGAUUCAUUCCUUGGAACAGAAGAUGCAGAAUGUACAACGGCUCAGUAUUCGAAGCUCUCUGAAACCAGCUUCGCUGUUGUAAACACUUACACAGUAGAGGGUGAACUUGUUACUACAACCGGGAAUGCCAGGGUUCCUCUCCCGAGUGAACCUGGAAAGAUUAUUGUCAACCUUGAUAACCAAGCCACUGAAAGUAAAUAUUGGAUACUCAAACUCGGCCCAAUCGUCAACAACCAGUACGAGUAUUCGGUCAUCACCGACGACAAAGGCCAGUCGCUCUCCGUCCUUGCCCGUGACCCCGAGACCUUUGACCUUAAAUACGAUGCCGAGGUCACCGAGUAUCUUCUCAUUACUCGCUUCACGACUCCAACGACACAGCGACAGCGAGUCUACCACGGAAACGACUGCACAUACUAAAUUGGAAAUGAAUAGAAAUUAAUUACAUAUCGGUUGAAUUGACAUUUGUUUCAAAGAAUUUCGUUAAAUCAAGCUUUAUACCAAAUACCAAAUUUGAUAUGACAGCAACCCCUCCCCCCCAAAAAAAAAAAAAGCAAAGAAGAAAAUGAUAAUGCGAUUGUAAACGAAUUCUGGUUAAAGUGUUUUAAAGUUUGUCACAUCUCACUAGUAUUAGAUAAAAAGUGAAAUUAGCAUGUUUUAUUAUAUUAUAUAAAAUAUAUAUACCUAUUACAGUUGUAUUUCACAUUCCUAGUUAAAACUUGAGUUGUUUUAUUUACAUCACGUAUGAAACAUUACAUAUUUAUUUCAUAAAAUGUUUGACCCUGUUUAGCACAAAGAAUAAAAGGAUUACAACAUAUAGCAUAAUUAAAGAAAAGUUACAUAAAUGAAUUGAUCCCGGUACAUUAUUUUUGAUUAUUUGUUGUUGCUUGCAAAGGCAGCUUCUGUUUUCAGGGGACAAAGAUGACGGUAUUUUAAGAAUGAAAAGGGGACUUAUACAGUUCUAUUAUUCUUUCCUCUCCCCUAAAUGUUCUACGUAAUUCUGUCAACAUAUCUACUCUAAAUGUUCUCCUUCUCUCAUUAUUAAAUUUUUGUUUUGAUAAGCAUUUGAUAAAUUAAAGAGGCGAACGUCCCAUUCGCCGCCCCCCCCCCAGUCGUUGUUCCUGGUUCUUGUAUAAACAAUGAUUGUAUGAAAAAUGAAUCUGGAAUUGGAAAACAUAAGGUGGGGCGAAGCUUUAUAGAGGCCCCGAUAGUCACACAAAAUAGUCUUGAUUGCCAUGUUAGUAAGAACAAAUGGGGGGGGGGGGGACUAUAAAAAAAAGUUUAAGUAAUAUGAAUAGAAUGUGACAGAAUUACCAGUGAGAAAUUAGUAUUCUUGCAAAGAAAAUAAAGCAAUAAUUAAUAAACAAGCUGAUUAGACUGAUAUAAAACUGGUAUUGGUCUGAUAUGCGCAAUAUAAACGAGGCAUUAUAAAAUCAUGUGCACGAACCCUGAAAAAAAAAUUGGUUUGGAUGGAGUGAAAUUAAAAUAACCAGAGAG